UGCGCAUGCGGGGAUCCGCGAGAAAAACGUGGAACAGUCUGGGUGUGAUGCGUGUCGUCGCGAUCUGUUGUUUGAGGCAUAGUUGUAAUUACGGAUUACGUGGAUCGGUUGUGCACGUGGCGAUUGAACCUCGUGGUGAGUGCUAGCGAGCAUUUGGCCACUACCGUAUUUUGUUUCAUUGUAUUUUGUUUCAUUGUAUUUUGUUUCAUUUUGGUUGGUUUCAUUUUAUUUCUUGUAAACCCUUUUUCUCCCAUCGACCGCUGUAAAACUUGUAUGUAAACAGCAGUCAGAUUAAACCUCCAUAAUUUAAUAGUUUGCCGGGUUGUGCUUUAUUUCUCGUACUCCCCGGUUACAUUUGGUACCAGGAGUGGGGUAUCUGACUGUUGGGAGCUCUUGGGCGUUUUAUACAUUUUUUUUUUGUUAAAAUACGGUGGUGGUGAGUUGCAGAUAUUUAUAGACGCAGAGGGGAGCAAUUUCCUGUGCUGUGAGUGUCCAGUGUGAAGACAUCGGCUGGGUGUUUUCUGACCAAGGGAGUGGAUCGCUGGACGAGAGCAGGGAUAUCGUUUGUCUGUGACUGAGCUCAGGAGUGUGCUAUCGGCUAGAGGCCUGUUGCGUCUGUACUGCAUGAAGAGGAUCCAGUGUUGCAGACAUUUCUUGAUGGAAUAUCCUUUGAACUGAACAAGGACAAACAAUCUAAAGGACAUUGUAUUUGUGGACUUUUGUAAUUGUGUUCAGCAACAUGUCACAGUCUAGCAAUGAAGAUUCCGCCUUACCGGGUACUUCUGCUACUGGACAGAAUGUAAAUCCUGAUGAGUAUGAUGUUCAUGAACAAAUCCAAGAAUUGAGUAGAAAACAUGCUGAAACCGUAGCAGCGAUAGCGGGCCUAAAUCGAGAGCCCAGUAGGUCCUAUAUCUACGUGCCGAGGGAAAGACACAUUCAGUCUUUUAGUGGGGAAUUCAGCAAAGACGGUAGAAAUGUGGAUGAGUUCAUUGAAGAGGUAGAAAGAGUGUUGCUUGUUAGAAACCAGACUCCUGAAGAUCAAGCAGACUUCGUUCUUUCUUUGUUAAAGGGUGCCGCUUUGGAGGAGGUUAGGUUAAGAAGGGGGGCUCAACCUCAGGGAACAGAGGAUCUUUUUACUUACCUCAGAGAUGCUUUUGGGGAGAAGCGUAGUCUUGCACAGCUACUGCAGAGUUUCUAUACUCGUAAGCAAUUAGAAGGUGAAGACCUGCGUAUGUACUCUCACUCUUUGUCACAGAUCUUGAACUCAGUCGUGAAGCAGUCCCCAGAUGCCAUUGCAAAUGUGAAUUCUGCCAUUAGAGAUCAGUUUGUAGAGGGGGUUAAAGAUGCAUCUCUUAGAAGGGAACUUCGUAAAUUUGUGAGGGAUAAGCCCCAAGCAACCUUGAUUGAGGACAAUGACUUUCUGCAGGGGAGAGUGUGGCCUGGGGGUAAAAAUGCAAUUUUUCUGUUGUGUUGUAAAAUUUGUGUAUGGCCCUUUAAGAGAUUUCUCUCCUAUUCACGUGAUAAGGUGCGCUGACUCUGUGUGCGCAUGCGGGGAUCCGCGAGAAAAACGUGGAACAGUCUGGGUGUGAUGCGUGUCGUCGCGAUCUGUUGUUUGAGGCAUAGUUGUAAUUACGGAUUACGUGGAUCGGUUGUGCACGUGGCGAUUGAACCUCGUGGUGAGUGCUAGCGAGCAUUUGGCCACUACCGUAUUUUGUUUCAUUGUAUUUUGUUUCAUUGUAUUUUGUUUCAUUGUAUUUUGUUUCAUUUUGGUUGGUUUCAUUUUAUUUCUUGUAAACCCUUUUUCUCCCAUCGACCGCUGUAAAACUUGUAUGUAAACAGCAGUCAGAUUAAACCUCCAUAAUUUAAUAGUUUGCCGG